AUGACGCCUGCUCCUCAAAAUAUUGCUGGCAGCCUCUCCGCUGCUGCUCAGCGCGAAGUCUCCCACAGCUGGGACCAGAACCUUUCCACCUCCCCAGUCGCUUCUUUCCACUCUCCUCCUCCUAGCUGGGCUGCCAACCUCCCCAGCCGUGGCGCCCCCAAGGUUCUCAAGCCUUUCAACUCCCAGGAUAUCAAGAUCCUGCUUCUCGAGAACGUCAAUGUCACCGGACAGGAGAUCCUGAGGGCCCAGGGCUACCAGGUCGAGGCUAUCAAGACCUCUUUGCCCGAGGACCAGCUCAUUGAGAAGAUUCGUGAAGUCCAAGUCAUCGGUAUCCGUUCCAAGACGAAGCUCACCGAGAAGGUCCUCCGCGAGGCCAAGAACCUGCUCGUCAUCGGCUGCUUCUGUAUUGGUACUAACCAGGUCGACCUCGAUUACGCUGCCCGCCAUGGUAUCGCCGUCUUCAACUCUCCCUUCGCCAACUCUCGCAGUGUCGCCGAGCUUGUCAUUGCCGAAAUCAUCACCCUCGCUCGUCAGCUCGGCGAUCGAUCCAAUGAGAUGCACCGUGGAACCUGGAACAAGGUCAGCGCCAAGUGCUGGGAGAUUCGCGGAAAGACUCUGGGUAUUGUUGGUUACGGUCACAUUGGCUCUCAGCUGUCCGUCCUGGCUGAGGCCAUGGGCAUGAAUGUCAUCUACUACGAUGUGGUGACCCUGAUGGCUCUGGGAACCGCUAGCCAAGUCCCGACCCUCGAGAAGCUCCUCCAGGAGGCCGACUUUGUCAGUCUGCACGUCCCCGAUCUGCCCGAGACCCGCAACAUGAUCUCGGGCCCCCAGUUCGAUCAAAUGAAGACCGGCGCCUACCUCAUCAAUGCUAGCCGCGGCAGCGUUGUCGAUAUUCCCGCCCUCAUCAAGGCUAGCCGCACCGGCAAGAUUGCUGGCGCCGCCAUCGAUGUUUUCCCUCAAGAGCCCGCCGCUAACGGCGACUACUUCACCAACGAUCUCAACACCUGGGGCGAGGACCUGAGGAGCCUCAAGAACCUCAUCCUGACCCCCCACAUUGGUGGCAGCACUGAGGAGGCUCAGCGUGCCAUUGGUAUCGAGGUCAGCGAGGCUUUGGUGCGCUACAUCAACCAGGGUAUCACUCUGGGCAGCGUCAACGUUCCUGAGGUGCAGAUGCGCUCUUUGACUCUGGACGAGUCCGACACCGCUCGUGUCAUUUUCAUUCACCGAAACGUCCCCGGUGUGCUCCGAAAGGUCAACGAGAUUCUUGGCGACCACAACGUCGACAAGCAGAUCUCUGACAGCAGAGGCGAUGUGGCUUACCUCAUGGCCGACGUUAGCAGCGUCAAGUAUGAGCAGAUCAAGGAUAUCUUUGACAGCCUCGAGGCUCUCAGCUCUCGCAUCAUGACCCGUGUCCUGUAUUAA